UACAGACGACCAAAUUUUCUAUAUAAGUGCAUUAACCCUGGGAAAGAUCUACACUUUUGAAUCCAUCUAUGACUUGGUAGUGUAAAAUUAAGAAGUCCGACAAUACAGCUAGUUUUCUUUGUGUAUUUUGAUCGAGUUUUUAUAUCCCUCUGUGCUGCAGUAUUCUGUUUUAAGGCUUGGAUGGCUGGUCUCAAGUUUAAAGUGACAAGGCAGGAAGCAGUCCUAGUGCCUCCUUGUUUGCCCACUCCUAAGGACCACCUCUAUCUUUCCAACCUUGAUGAUCAAGCGGGGGCGAGGUUUCACAUUCCUUUGGCUCAUUUUUAUCCCCAUAGCUUUCUGAAAGAGGACCAAGAUCCUGCUAAAGUUAUCAGAGAAGCACUGGCAAAGGUUCUGGUGCAUUACUAUCCUCUUGCUGGAAGGUUGAGAGAGGCUGCCGCUGGUAAGCUUAAGGUGGAGUGUACAGGAGAAGGAGUUCUGUUUGUUGAAGCAGAUGCAGAUGUUACUCUCGCUGAGUUUGGAGAUCUUCACCCGCCUUUUCCUUGCUGGAAUGAACUGCUGCACGACAUUCUCACCCCACAAACUGUCAUAAACUCUCCACUUCUUCUAUUUCAGGUAACUCGAUUGAAAUGCAAAGGAUUUGUAUUUGCUCUGUUAUUGAACCACAUAAUGGCAGAUGGGAUAGGAGUAGCCCAGUUCUUGACAGCUCUGGGAGAAAUAGCCAUGGGAGCAAGUGGCUUGUCAAUUCCUCCAAUAUGGAAAAGGGAAACCCUCAAGCCUCGCUCACAGCCCUCAAUAAGAUUACCUCUCUACGAAUAUGAACAAGUCCCAGGGAAAAUCAUGUCAGUAGAUGAAUUGAGCCAUGCUUCCUACUUCUUCGGGCCAAAAGAAAUUGAGUCCCUAAAAAGAGAAGCUGGCAUCAAAACCUCAACUUUUGAAGCAUUAUCGGGGUUUAUGUGGCGUUUGAGAACUAGGGUCCUCAACAUGGCGGCAGAGCAAGAGGUACGGUUCAUGUUCCCAACAGACAUCCGCACCAUAGUUAACCCCUCACUUCCACGUGGCUACUAUGGCAAUGCAUUCAUCUUGGCUUGUGUCAAGACCACAGCUGGGAUGUUAGUGAGCAGUCCCUUGUCAUAUGCUGUAGAGUUAAUUAUCAGAGCUAGAACAUCUAUUAACAAUGAAUACGUACGAUCAACGAUUGACAUGAUGGAGGUCAGAGGACAUCCUCAUUUCACUGCAGUGGCGAGUUGGUUAAUUUCUGAUCUUACCAAGAUUCGACUUAGAGAUGUGGAUUUUGGGUGGGGAAAAGCAGUCUAUGGUGGAACUGCCAUGGGUGGGGUGGGAGCUAUACCAGGCAUUAUUACCUUUCUUGUUCCUUAUCAAAACAGCCAUGGAGUUGAAGGAAAAUUGAUUCAUGUUUGUUUACCCUCUCACGUCAUGCAAAAGUUUCAAUUAGAAUUUGCACAGACCAUGGAAAAAGAAACUCCCCCUUUCAUAAGAUCGCCAAUAUAAAAAUCUACAUGUUCAGUUCAACCUCUAUUGAAUGUAUAGUUAUAUUUUUCUGUUAAAUUAUGGCUAUUAAAAAAAUAUAAAAGUUUCUAUAUCUAUGUUUUUAU